UUGUGAGAAGAGUCAGAAUCGUCCAUUUUUUUAUCUGUUUAUGUUGGCAGAUGAUCAUUUUGUUACACUCGAGGCCUAAACACCAUGUACACAAAUAACACCAUGCACAUUGACACAUACCUAGAUAGAGCAUAGUCAAAUUAGAAGUUAUAGUCAACUUAGCUGUAGGCUGGCAGACGUCUGGGGGAAAAUAAACUUGUCUGAACAUCCUGAACUGACAUGAAAGUGUGACACAUAGUGUAGCAGUGCUUCCCAAACUGGAACUUCUAAACAGAGAAGAGUGUUCAGAAAGUUCUUCCCAAAAUCUAUUGUGGGAAAAGUGUAUCUGAUGCUGACUGUUUGAGAUCCUGUCCAUCGGUUUAAAGGGUGUGGAUCUUUGUGGUAAAGUAAGAUUUCACCCUAAAACAACAACAUGUUUUGACGAGACAACUCCAGGAAGUGCUCACGUAGUGACACUGAUUUUACUAGAGCAUGUCUGUUCCAGCACCAUGCAUAUUUAUUUCUGCAGCCUUUUUUUUUUUUUUUUAAACUGUAUUUUAUGCUUUUGAGUAUGAAAUAUCACUUCAAGUUUUGGAUUACACCAUCUGUUAGUAUUUCCUAGGCUUUAUGAUUCAAAAGCAAAUUUUUAAGUAGGAACAGUCUGUAAAACCGAGUGUUUUGCUCCAGUGUUUCAACUCAGUUACUCGCAGUGGUUUGCUUGAUUUACAAUUCACCUGUUCUUAUUAUACUUAUACUGCUCUUAUGCUGAUGAAGUAUGGCUGAGCUUUGAAUAUUCUGUACACUAUGAAAAGUUAUUUACACUGACAGUGCUGAUAAAUUCUCAAAUCUGGUUGCUCAGAAGUAGGGCUGCAACCAGCUAUUCUUUUGAUAAUUGAUUAAACUAUCAAUUAUUUUAAGAAAUAUAUUAAAAAACAAUAAUAUUUAUUUAAAAAAUGUUUAUUUGCAGCAUUUUAAUCAAGAACUAGGCUUAAUUAAAUAACAGAUCACUAAUGACAGUGCAGUAUUACUUACAUUUAUCAGUGGCAACAUGAGAGUGCUUAUGUCAACCAAUGAGACAUCCAGAAUAAUGCAAGGUGAGGGUUUUUUUUUUUUUUUCUGAAUGCACACACUUUUUUUUGCAACUACACUAUAUGGCCAAAAGUUUGUAGACCCCUGACCAAUAUGUGGUUCCCCAAAUGGUUGCCAAAAAGUUGUCCAUGAAGACAUGAUUUGCCAAGGUUGGAGUGGAAGAAGUCGAAUUGUCUGCACAGAGCCCUGAUCUCAACCCCAGUGAACACCUUUGGGAUGAACUGGAAUGCAGACUACAACCCAAGCCUCCUCACCUGACAUCAGUGUCUGACUUCACUAAUGCUCCUGUGGCUAAUGGGGCAAAUUCCCACAGCCAUGCUCCAAAAUCUAGUGGAAAGCCUUCCCAGAAGAGCGGAGGUUAUUAAAACAACAAAGGGGACUAAAUCUGGAAUUGGAUGUUCAAAAAGCACUUGCUUCAUGAUAUGAGCUUUGUUUCAAAGUGAGAAAACAUUCGUCCUGUUGACUAAUCAUUAAUUUGAGGGCAUGUUCAUUUUCAACCUGAGUUGUUGUUCAAAUCUUUGGUCAGAGUAGCACAAGGUAAUAUUUUCAGAUAGGGCAGGAAUGCUUGAAGCAUAUGACCGUGAAUGUGUGAUACACUUAGAAGACCGGAUAAGGCAGGAAACCCAAAAGAGUAGACUGUGGUUAAUAAGCAUGGUUCAAGCAUGUAGACUGUGCUUCCAUUGUUUCUUACUUUGAUCACAAACAAAUGAUUAUGAAUCAAAUAUGUUAUUCAGAUUAAAACAUAAGUUAAGUCAUUAAGUCAACAACAUAGAAAUAAUGUAAAGUGUUCCCAUACUUCAAGUUUCAAGUUUAUUUGUCAUAUAUACAAGUGUCAGUGACAAUGUACAUUGAAAUGCUUUUUGUGAGGCUUAGGCAGUCUACAGCAGUACAAUAAUAACAACAGAAAUAAAUAAUAAAGGGCCAAGCAAGACAGAAAUUUAAGAGACAGAAAUAUAGAAUAAAGAUUACAACAGAUUCACAAUACAAUACAAUAACAAUAAAAAGUAUUUUUUUAAAAAAAGUUUGCUUUCUGUGAUAGCAUGUGCCACCAUUUCUGUCAAAUGCUUUUUUUAUUCUAAAUGAAAUGAUGUAACAUGCCACAGCAUGCAUAACACAGUCCAACUAUUCAAUAAUGAGUUCAAUUUGUUGGCAUCUAUUUGUAUUAUUUUAUUUUAUCAAUUUUGUAGAUCAGUUUUGUCGAUUGUUGCAGCCCUAGUCAGAAGAUAUUGAGUACUUUUCUAUAACAACGUGGCAGUGACAGAAGUGCUGACUUGCAUGGCAAACUAUACACGUAGUGUAUGCCUAAUAAUAAAUGGAUUUAAAAUGUGUUUUUAUUUAACAAAGAAAUACAUUGGUCUUUUCUUGAUAACAAGUGAAGGAACAAUUGUUCAUUUAUAUUUACAUUUAUAGCGUGUAGCACCUCUAUCAAAAACACAUGAGUGCCAAGACAGAGAAGAACCUUGAUGCAUGGCUUUCUUGUUUCCUGAGGGAUGAUGGGUCUAAUCAAGAAGUGCUAGAGGCUCUGAGCGAGUGUGCCGCAGAGCAAGGUGUGAAGCUUUGAAGUAGGCGGGCACUGGUACAUUUAUAGCUUUGUAGGCAAGCAUCAAUGUUUCAGAUCUGAUGCGGGCAGCUACAGGAAGCCAGUGGAGGGAGCGGAGCAAUGGGGUGGUGUGGGAGAACUUAGGGAUGUUGAUAACAGCUUGUGCAGCUGCAUUCUUGAUUAGUUGUAGAGGUCAGAUGGCACAUAGGGGCCUGCCAGGACCAAGUUGCAGUAGUCCAGUCUCAGAAUCACAGUGGACUGAACAAGCACCGGGUUGUGGAUAGAAAUGGUCGAAUUCUACUGAUGACAGAUUUAUAGCUGCUACAACAUAAAGGACAAGUGAUCAUUUGUUUCACAACAUAUAUAAAAACUGCAAUUUGUUCUAAAUUAAUAAAAAAAAUUUGUAAUUUGUAAAAUUUAAAAUUUGUAAUCUUCAGCACCUUGUGAUGUCCUGUUACAGGAAAAAAAAAUCAGGGUAGUAAUGGCCAUCCACACAUCACACCACCUUGUUUUUGAUUAUUUUCCUAUAACAGCAUGGCCUGUAAUAUUUUAUUUAAUACUUAAUUUUUUGCUAGAAGAAGCUUGUAUGUGUAUUUGGGUUAUUUUUGCGGCUCAAAUACUCGCCUGCCAAAUGAGUGAGGCCAAUAAGUCCCAGGAGCUGAUUGUGUCUUUAUAAAGCCCAUGUUUGUGCCCUCAACAAAAUUCAGUGGCAGCAAUAUGAGGUGAUGAAGCACUGAAAAGAAGUUAAAACUCGAAAGCAGACUGAAGCAUUGUAACUGACACUACUUUAAAAAUGCUCAUUUUAACCCAGUGUGUGAAAAGUGGCUUUGCAUACAGUUAAAGGUUUAUUGUCAUCAGGCUAUUAAACUGUAUUUUUAAUCAUACACAGUGAUAAUGCAUUUUUAUGAUAAUCUAAUAUAAACAGAUUUUUUAUUUAUUUGUUUACUUAUUGGGCAUAAGCACCUAAAUGAAUGAAUGAAGUCACGGACGAAGCUGGUGUGAAUUGAAUGAAUGAGUCACGGACGAAGCUCAGCCUGCACAAUAAUUUCUUAAUUUCAUCAUUUUUGCAGCUUGGCAAUGAAAUUCAGUUGAAGUUAAGUAUGUGGACACCUGACCAUCAAACCCAUAUGUGCUUUUUAAACAUCCCAUUCUGGAUGUCUCCUUUUGCAAUAAACUCCACUCUUCUGGAAGGGCUUUCCACUAGAUUUUGGAGUGUGGCUGUGGGGAUCUUUGCUCAUUCAGCCACAAGAGCAUUAGAGAAGUCAGACACUGAUGUUGGGCAAGAAGGCCUGAGAUGCAGACUGCCUUCCAGUUCAUCCCAAAAGUGUUCAGUGGGGUUGAGGUCAGGGCUCUGUGCAGGCCACUCGAUUUCUUCCACAUACUUUUGUCCAUAUAGUAUAUUUUAGGGUUCUGCACACGUCAUUCAGGAGCACAAAAUAAAUCUAUGUAAAACUAUGAAAGUGAAACAAAAAAGGAUUUCAGGAGUUAGGAAGCCAUUGCUGCAGCUUUGCAAGUUACAUAUUAAGACAAAAACAACAGCUGACUUGAAAACUAGUUUUUCACUAAUAUUUAUAGCCUACUGCCAAACCUUCCACCAGUACUUUUGUAAACUACAAAACUUAGACUUAGGUCGAAUUAUUGGUGAUGUCUCGCUAGUGUCUGUGGAUGUUUUUGUCAGAUAGACCAGCGCAAAAAUGUGAUUUAACAGCGUGGGAGUGAAUAAACCCUGCUUCCCAGAUGACCUGACAAUCACGGUCCUCGCCUUAGGUCAACUGCUAACAUUUUUGUAAAAUGUGCUAGUAAAGGAACGUUUCUUUUGUUUAAUGCCAAAAAUGAUUGCAAUAAGAGAUAAUACAGCUUAAAAUAAUGUCUUUGCAACAUUUAAAUGAAAUCCACUGGAAUUGCUCUUUAAAGGUGAUUGGCUGCAUUGCAUUGACUUUGAGGACCGAGCUUUUUAAGUAUCACUGUUAUAAAAAGUAAUUAUUUAUCGUCGUCUGCUAGUUUCUCAGCUUUGCUCAGGCCAGAACAUCAGUUUUUUACCAUAUGAUAUUGCUUGAUGGAAGACUGAGUGAUUUUUAUUAUUGCUUUCAAUAAGUAAAAUAUGCAACUCUGAAGACAUGAAGAGUAAAACCCCUUGAGUAUAGUGGGUGUAAAAUUUUUGUCUGUCUUCGUGUGUCCCAAGUGGCUGAUAGACUGACAGGGAGAGGCAGAACUGUCAUCCUGUUUACUUGCAUUCCCUGGCAUGGAUCACUGCGUUCUAAAUGCUGGGAGUGGGGCAUGUGCGUGUGUGUGCUUAACUUGAGAAUAGCCAUCAGCCUGUGAGUGCAAACUGCACUGUACUAUGUGUGGCUGCAGAAUAGCCCGGACUUGACCUUCCUUUUGUGUCUAACUGUGUCUGUAAGCUAAGGUAGCCCUUCAUUCUCUCGGGAAUACAGUAUGCCUUUUCAUACGGCUUUCCACCAGAGCAAGCUGCUGUGCGUCGGCGUGAACAACCAGACCUAUAUCUGUGAGUCGGGACACUGCUGUGGAGAGUCUCAGUGCUGCAGCUACUACUAUGAGCUGUGGUGGUUCUGGCUGGUCUGGACUGUCAUCAUCAUCCUGAGCUGCUGCUGUGUGUGCCACCAUCGUCGCACCAAGCAUCGCCUGCAACAACAGCAGCGGCAGCAUGAGAUCAACCUCAUUGCUUACAGAGAGGUUCACAACUACACCUCCCUGCCCUUCUACUUCAGGUUUCUGCCCAGCUACCUCUUACCUGCAUAUGAAGAGGUGGAGAACAGACCUCCGACUCCUCCUCCUCCAUACAGUCCCUCUCAACCAGGUCAAAGCACAGAUACAGUCAGCCCUGAGCAAACCAAUGAGCUGUGCCCAUCGCUGCAGACAGGCUCCACAGCCGCUGCGUCAGAGAGCAACUCCACUGUGCACUGCAUUGAAGAGACCAAUCGGCCUCCUGCUCAUCGGCCAUCAGGUGAUGCGCACAAACCGUACAUGAGCUUUGAAGAGGAUAGCCAGCAGCAGCAGGUUGCAUCAGCCACUUCACCUGAGAUAACUAAGAAUGGCAAAGAGCCCUCAAAGUCUGGUGAUCAAGGGCUUGAUAGUUGUCCCGAGAUCAAGGACAAGACAGUGGGGCGCCAUAGACGCUUUACCGGAGACUCAGGAAUCGAGGUGUGUGUAUGCAGCCGCGGGCCAGGGGAAGGAGAGGAUGAGGAAGAGGAUGAAAUGAAGGAACUUGACGGACUUCUGGACAGAGAGGACUUACAGAAGCAGGACUUCUGUGAUAGUUGCAAUCCCCAUAAUGAUGGCCUUCAAGGGCCAGGUGAUGAGGAGCAGGGCUUUGCUGGCCCAGAGAGGAGCCUUGAGCACAGGGAGCCUCCACUUCAGCGUCUCCCUAUCAGCCUUCAGUUACACACCAUCAACGAACAGGAGGCUCCUCAGCAUGGCAACAGUGCAGAUCUCCAAAGCUAAGCACCACCACAUACUAAAGUGACUCUCUGUGGUUUGCUAACUCCCUUUACUUUCUCACUGUACUGUUGCUUUGGGUGUGUGUACAUGUGUGCUGGAAGUGUGAAUGUUAUGCGGUGUUGUUAGAUUAAUCUAAGAAUCCAGCAAAGACAUUUUCACAGGCUGUUGUCAAGGACACUGCAGAAAAGAAAUUUAUUCAUUGGCUAGGCUUAUAAACAUUGCUUACCAUUCUGAACAAGGUGUAGGUAAUUUUAUUUUCCACUUAACAGACCCAGUAAGGGUCAUUGCUCGCAGUCAACAAACCAGGGGUUUCAAAGGCUGAUGCCAAUAUUUAAAUAAUGAGUGAUUUAGGAGCUACUGUUGAAAGCUGACAUUGUUUGUACAGGGAAAUUCAGUAGAAAUGUUAAACUGGAACUAAUUUAUUUACACCCCAAAUACACACAGAUUUUUGUCAUUCAGUUUGUUAUCCCCCUUUAAGUAAGGUUUUCAUAAAGUUAGACAAAGCUAAUACCACAGUUUUCACAAACGACUAUGGAAACUGGCUGCUAGGUGUAUACACAAGAUGUUUGUUUGUUUUCGUUUGUUUGUUUUCUUGUUUGUUUGUUUGUUUGCUUGUUUGUUUGUUUUUUAAUCUGUAUAAUAUUCCAAUUCUAUCAGUCUAACACUGUCAUUGGUACAGUGCUUUAUGAAGUGUUCACUCUGUUUGUUCCAGAGCUGUAAAUCUGAAUUUUAUCAUGCACUAUAUGGCCAAAUGUAUGCGUACACCUGAUCAUUACACCCACAUGUGGGCCUUCCCCAAACUGUUGGGGAAGUCUGAAGCACACAAUUAUAUAGGAUUCCUUUGUAUGUUGUAGCAUUACAAUGUCCCUUCACUGGACCUAAGAGCCCCAAACCUAUUUCUUUACGACAGUGCCAUUUAGCCAGAACCAAGGUCUAUAAAGACAUGGUUUGCCAUGUUUGAUGUGGAAGAACUCAAGUGACCUGCACAGAGAUCUGUCCUCAGCCUCAGUGAACACCUGACUGUGCACCAGGCUGUCUCACUUGACAUCAGUGUUUGACCUCACUAUUGCUUUUGUGGCUGAAUGUGCAAAUCCCCAGAAGAGUGGAGGUUAUUAUAACAGCAAAGGGAGGACCAACUCCUUGUUAAUGCCCAUGGUUUUAGAAUGGGUACAUAUGGGUGGUCAGGUGUCCACAUUCUUUUGGCCAUGUAGUGUAUAUUCAACAAAUAUCUGAUCUAAAUAGCAAACAAUCUAACUGGAUCAUUGCUAUUCAUUGCAAAAAAAAAAAAAAAAAAAAGAUCACAUCUAAACAAGGAAUUUAAUGAGUUAAAGAGGAAUAACAAAUCUGAUAUUUGAAUAUGAAUAUUUAGCCAUGCUACUCUUCUCAAAGGCACAAGAUCAGUGGUGUCCAGUCUUAUUCGGAAAGGGCCGAUAUGAGUGCAAGCUUUCAUUCCAGCCAAGCAGAAGCCACACCUGAGUGUACUGAAAGCCAAGAUCCGCUGCUUAAACAGGUGGAAUCAGGUGUGGAUCCUGCCUGAUUGGAAUGAAAACCUCCACAACCUCUGCACAAGAUUAUGCAAUGCAUAAAUGCAAGAAAGAAAAAAGGAAUGUGAGGAAUGUCUCUGCAGAUCACGCAGUACUGAAGCAGUCUUCCAGACUGCAGAACUACUGUGUAGCCUCCAUUGGUUCCUGUCAGUUAAUGUAUAUUUCUUUCUCCCCUCUUAAUGGACACUGUCAGAGGUUAGACAUACUGUAAUGGUGCCAUGGUGGCUUGGUAAAGCUUCCUUUUUUGGGAUUAAUUUCAUUGGUAUAUAUGCUCUUAAAUUUGGCUGGCCUUACGUUUCUUUUUUUUUGUGUGUGUGUGUGCAUGUGCGUGCACAUAUGUGGAAUAAGCUUUAUGACUUUUUUUUUUUUAAUAAGUAAUACACUAUAAAGAAUCUGAGUUUAUCAGCAUUGCAUUCAGUAAGUGAGCAAUAGUGGCUGGCAUUAGUUAAGCAGAGCAGUUCAAAUAAAAAUUGCAUAUACUGUGUAGUAAUAAUUUCUGGUAACAUGGCUUGCAUAUUUUGGUGCCUUUGUUGUUUUUCAUUUACCUUAGUGGAAUAUUUCAACAGGAUUCUUCUAUAAAUCAGAAGUCAAGGCCAGUGUGGGUUAACAGAGCUUUAUAUACCGAGUCGUGAAUCAGAGUGUAUCAGGCACUGAUUGCUAUAACUGUAACGUAUCAUGACUGUGUUCUCAGCUGAAUGGUUAACUUGAUUAAGGAGUAAAUGUAAUUUCUUUUUCUCCAUACCCCAGGUUUUAACAGAAUAGCCCUGUAAAGGUACUGAGUCAGUAAUAUAUUGAUAAUCUUUUUUUUUUUUCCCACUUUGACAGUGUAAAGGUGCUAUAAACAGCAGUUUAUGCUGAUCACAGAAGAGGUUAUACAGCUUUUUUCUUUAAUUGGAGCCUGUCCACAUAGGGUAACUUUUGGCUUUGAAGCCCACAACGUUAAUGACCAUUGUCUUCGUAUCCUUUUAGUGUGGUAAAACUAAAAACUUUUUUUUUUUUUUUUUUUAUUAAGGUGGUAAGGAGGAUGUCAGUUUUUGAUCUACUGUGGCAAUAGAGACUGCUCAAUGCUGCUCCACUGCAUUCCUACACUCUGUUCUCUGUGUGUGUGUGUGUGUGUGUGUGAGUGAGAGAGAGAGAGAGAGACUGAGAAGUGAUUUACAGUCACUUGUUCUUUGAGGUAGUGUGUUUAUUUGACCUUUGGUGUGAAUAAUCAGUAAGGCUUCCAGUGAUACAGGGUGUUUAGAUAGUGCUCAGUUCAAAGGGCACACGUUGGCCUCAGAGAUAGUGCCAGGCACGGGUGUCUGAAUAAGUGGAGGACAAACAUCUUAAACAAACAUUAGACAUCAGAUACUGUAGCUUCCUUCUCAAGCAGUGUUUGCUGGAGACAAUAGUUUUGCAAACAAAUUAAAACAAAACCUUAAAGACUUGUUUAAACAUUUAAAGAUGUAAUUCCCUUGUACACCAAGUCUUUUGUGUUCGGAAGCAUUCGUGUGCCAUUUUUUUUUUUUUUUUUUGGUUAUUGUUGGUGCUUAAGGGUUAUGUACUCAUGUGUCCUCUUCAUUUUUUCAUUUUAUAUCUUGAGACCAAAAAUACAUAUUGUUUAAAAAGAGGAAAUCAAAAUUAGUUGAUCAUUGCAGUAUGAUUUUUUUUUUUUUUUGCCUCAAUAAUUUGUCAUUGCACUGUUUUAAAUUAAUGCAGUGAGUUUGUUUGCUCGAAGGUGACGAAGGCUUUAGAAGCCAAUUGCUCUUUAAGUUUAGCUCUGACACAAGACCUGGUACUAUAUUUUAGUUUUGUAUCUGUAAUUGCCUUUUUAUAAAACUGCAUUUUCUGCUAUGGGUAACAUUUUGUAUAAAGCCUCAAUCAAAUGAAUGAGUCAAUGUACAUUACAAAUAAAACACCUUUAAACACCAUGAAA